GUGUUUACAUCUGUGUCCGACGCGCUUUAUUUUGUUGCAGUUUCAUCAGUUUCUCUGACCUUUUUUCGCUAAAAUUCUUAUUAAAAAUCAACCGGAAAACUGCAAUUCAACACCUGAGUCGAGUUUAAAAUGUCCUGGAUUGUUUGCAAAAUGUCUAGAUGUGUGUGAUUCACGAACAGUUUACUUUUACCAAUGAAUGUUGAAAAGAGUGACGAAACGAUUGAUAUUUAUUUCUUUAAUAAUUAUACCGGACAGCAGACGUUUCGUGUCUUCAAGUUGUUUAUGCUUAGUUAAACGAAAGGUGUAGGUUUCCGAUUUCGAAUUUAAAGUUUUCUAUGAGCUGAUAGCAAGAUGGAAAAAGAAAGAUUUUCAUUGCUUCUUCUUGAGCCGGGUGAGAUUUAUUUCGAAGAUUUUUCCGUAGAUCUAUUACAGUCCGAAUAUGGCAAUGGGUCUGCUUCGCUUAUCGGACGCCUCAAGAUGUGUUCCAAAUCGGUCGUUUUCGAGGCCAAGGACAAUCUCCGGCUGCCCCUGGUUAAGAUAGCGUACAAGGAUUGUUUGAGGAUCUUUCGUUGGGAACCAAGCAGCUUGCAGAGCCCCAUGUUUGACUGCAGUAAUGUACUGGCUAUCGAGUGUAGUCAGUUCACGGAAAUGUUAAACGACAAUGUGGUCCAACCUUAUCGGUUCCGACAAGACCGGAAGACUUUCCUAUUCAAUUUCCAUUAUGCCAAAUUGGAAGACUAUCUCCAACAAUUAUGUCAACUUCACAGAGCAUCUACGCUUCAUGCCUACGAGCAGAAUAGCAUGAUCGCUACCAUCGUUUUUUCCCGGCAUAAUCGGGUUCGUUUCAAUCCUCUCUGGUUGGACAAUCUGUACGAGAAAAUUCUAGUCGACUAUCAGGUGGACGAGAUCAAUCCAUUGGUGGUGAACCCCGGCAGGCUGCUGUUGACUAAUGCGUUUGUGUACUUUCAACCGUAUAACAAUAUUCAGACGUAUCCCGUCCAGAAAAUAAGACUAAAGGCAAUUAAAAGUUUCACCAAACGUCGUUUUCUUCUGCGCCACGUUGGUCUGGAAAUCAAAUGGCGCCCUUCUGAGUCAACCAUUCUGGACGAUCGAGAAGACUCACGGCUGCUCUAUGUAUCUUUCCGGAAUUCCUCGGAUCGGGAUAAUUUUUACGCUCAAGUAACAGCUCAGCCGGAGUUCUCGGUAGUGGAGCAAAUACCGGAGAGCAUCACUCUGAAAUGGCAGAACGGACUGAUCUCCAAUUACGACUAUCUGCUGUACUUGAAUAGUUUAGCCGAUCGAACCUACCAGGAUUUGACUCAAUAUCCGGUGUUUCCAUGGAUCAUCUGUGAUUACAAUUCAGAUAGCUUGGAUCUUAGCGAUCCGAACGUGUACCGGGAUUUGCGAAAGCCUAUCGGGGCCCUUAAUGAAGAGAGACUGCAAAGACUGAAAGAGCGCUGUGAAGAAAUGGGUGAUCCCAAAUUUCUAUACGGAUCCCACUACUCCGCUCCGGGAUUGGUUUUGUUCUAUUUGGUGCGGAAGUAUCCGAAAUUAAUGCUGUGCUUGCAAAAUGGGCGAUUUGAUCAUCCGGAUCGAAUGUUCAAUAAAGUAGAGGAUGUCUAUAACAAUUGCUUGAACAAUAUGGCCGAUUUCAAAGAAUUGAUACCGGAGUUCUAUGACACCGAUAAUAAGGGAGAUUUUCUGAUGAACAAAAUGAAAAUCAACUUCGGCCAAAGGUUUGAUGGGUCCCCGGUUAAUCACGUGACGUUGCCAAAAUGGGCUGGAGGAUCGCCGGAGAAAUUUGUGCAAUUACAGCGGCAGGCACUGGAAUCCGAUUACGUGUCCGCCAACCUACAUCACUGGAUCGAUCUAAUUUUCGGUUACAAACAGAGAGGAGAGGAAGCGCUCAAGGCAGAUAAUUUGUUCUACUACCUUUGCUAUGAGGGAUCGGUAGAUCUGGACCAAAUCAAAGACCUCGCAGCCCGACAUGCGCUGGAGGUUCAGAUUUCCGAAUUCGGUCAGAUACCGAAACAACUGUUUCGCACACCCCAUGUCUCGAAAUUGCUCAAUAUAGAUCCAGUUAUCGGAGAUCCAAAUAAUCCCGAAGAAACUGGAACUGUACCGGAUCUGCAGAUAGAACUAGAUGCGCAAUACUUUUCGCACAAGGACGAAAUAACAUCACUGGUAGUAGACAAGAAAAGUACCGGACGUAGCAUUUUUACCACCAGCAAAGAUGGCACUUUUAAAUGCUACAGUCUGAGCGAGCGAAGACAAAUCCGAAGUGUACCGAUAAGCGAUAUGCCGCUGAGCGCUAUUCGGCUGACGAGCGAGAAAUCGGUAAUCCUCGGGUGCUGGGACAAUUCCAUAACCAUUUACAAUUUAGAUUACGGCAAAAUAUCGCAAGUGAUCGCUGCCCAUGACGAUGCCGUUUCCUGUCUUUCUAGUGUGAAAGGUACCGAUUUGUUGGUGUCCGGAAGUUGGGAUUGUAGUGUGAAAAUUUGGAAUGACUUCCACAUCCAAGCCGUGAUCGGAUAUCUACCACUGGAAGACAAAAUCGUUCAUUUGGAUAGCAGUUUUUCGACCGGCGAACUGCGAAUUGUCAUCGGAACCGCUAGCGGAGAAAUUUUCUUGUGGACGUUGACGCUCCAUGGUCGCGGUAUAAAGACUACUGUAGAUUCUCAGAGCCAUAAACAGAUUCUGCAGCAUCGUGAAGGAAGCGUUGGAGCAGUGCAAUUUAACCGAAAUGGUUCCUUAGUUGUGAGUUGCGGUGAGGAUAAGAUGUUUAACAUCGUGGACGUCAACACGGGGAUGGUGAUAUUCAAACGAUCGAUGCCAACCGCUAUAUUUAGCCUCUGUUGGGCCAAGGACGACAAGUAUCUACUAAUGGGCGAUAACACGGGUAUGCUCUACGUGUGGAAUAUGUUGGAAGGGACGAUUCAGAAGGAAAUUCGUGUGCACUCAGAUCGCAUUUACUGCAUUGGAUCUACACUCGAUGGUCAAAUCGUAACCAGUGGCCGUGAUGACAAAAACUAUUGUGUUAAAAUCUGGAGAAGCAGCUUGUAAUGUGAAUGGAUUCAAAAAAAUGUAUAACCCAGUUAUUCAGUGUUUCGUUCUUUUUAAGAAAUUAGUCCCAUGUACUACCAAUUAUUCGAAACGUGAUACUUUUCCUAAAGUUUAUGUUUUUUUGCGUUCCAAACGCUCCAAUAAAGAAUCUCCGU